UUAGACUAUGAUGUGUGUUUAAUUAUAUUUUUAUUUCUUUUAAAAGAACUUUUUGGAUUGUUGUUUUUGGACCAAAAAUGACAUCUAUUAUCAAAUUAACUACCCUCUCGGGGGUUCAGGAAGAGUCUGCUCUUUGCUAUCUUCUGCAAGUUGACGAGUUUAGGUUUCUCCUGGACUGUGGCUGGGAUGAGCACUUUUCUAUGGAUAUUAUAGACUCCCUGAGGAAGCAUGUUCACCAGAUUGAUGCAGUGCUGUUGUCCCAUCCUGAUCCUCUCCAUCUUGGUGCCCUCCCGUCUGCUGUCGGGAAGCUGGGGCUGAAUUGUGCGAUCUAUGCGACCAUUCCUGUUUAUAAAAUGGGGCAGAUGUUCAUGUAUGAUCUUUACCAGUCUCGACACAACACAGAGGACUUUACGCUCUUUACAUUAGACGAUGUGGAUGCAGCCUUUGAUAAAAUACAGCAGUUAAAAUUCUCUCAGAUUGUGAAUUUGAAAGGUAAAGGACAUGGCUUGUCUAUCACACCUCUGCCAGCUGGUCAUAUGAUAGGUGGAACAAUAUGGAAAAUAGUCAAAGAUGGAGAAGAAGAAAUUGUCUAUGCAGUUGACUUUAACCACAAGAGGGAGAUCCAUUUAAAUGGAUGUUCCCUGGAAAUGCUAAGCAGACCCUCCCUGCUUAUCACAGAUUCAUUUAAUGCUACGUAUGUGCAGCCUCGGAGGAAACAGAGAGAUGAACAGCUUCUGAGUAUGUAUUACCUAAUGUCCUCUGUGGAAGUGCAUGGUAGUGUGAAAUACUGUUUUUUCUAUUUUGUUUAACACUUUUCUUGUCAU